AUGCCCAGCGUCAUCUAUCUAACCUACAACGCUGGGAUCAGCGCGUGCGAGAAAGGCGAGCAGUGGAAGCAGGCUCUGGCACUGCUCGGCGAGAUGCGGGAGGCAAAGCUGCAUCCCAACCCUUGGUUAGCUACAGCGCUGGCAUCAGCGCGUGCGAGAAGAGCGCACAGUGGCAGCGGUCGUUGGCGCUGCUCAGCGAGAUGCGGGACUCAAAGGUGGAGCCGAGCGUCUCUCCUACAACGCGGGCGUCAGUGCAUGCGAGAAGGGCGGGCAGUGGCGGCGGGCGUUGGCCCUGCUCAUCGAGAUACGGGAGGCCAACCUGGCACCCGACGCUUCAGCUACAACGCUGGGAUUAGCGCGUGCGAGAAGAGCGAGCAGUGGCAGCGGGCUCUGGCGCUGCUCACCGAGAUGCGGGAGGCCAAGCUGGAGCCCAACGUCAUCAGCUACAGCGCUGGGAUCAGCGCUUGCGAGAAGGACGAGCAAUGGGAGCAGGCUCUGGCAAUAUUCGGCGAGAUGUGCGUGGCGAAGGUGAAGCCCAACGUGACGUCAGCUACAACGCUGGGAUCGCCGCGUGCGAGAAGGGCGAGCAGUGGCAGCGGGCUCUGGCGCUGA